CCGCUGGACUUGGCCGACUACACCUAUGACCUGGGAGAAGAGGACGACUCGGAGCCCCUCAACUACAAAGACCCCUGCAAGGCGGCCGCCUUUCUUGGUGACAUUGCCCUGGAUGAAGAGGACUUGAGGGCCUUCCAGGUGCAACAGGCUGCAGACCUCAGGCAGCGGGCCACUGCGCGUUCUUCCAUCAAAGCUGCAGGGAACUCCACAGUUCCUGACAGCCAGAGCGCCGGGGGCCAGCGACAGCGGAAACCCCGGGGAAGAUGGAGAGGCAGACCCCGGAGUCGGAGUCGGCGGGCGGCCACAUCCCGACUGGAGCGGGUGUGGCCAGAUGGGGUCAUCCCCUUUGUCAUAGGGGGAAACUUCACUGGCAGCCAGAGGGCAGUCUUCCGGCAGGCCAUGAGACACUGGGAGAAGAACACCUGCGUCACCUUCCUGGAGCGCACGGACGAGGACAGCUAUAUUGUAUUCACCUAUCGACCUUGCGGGUGCUGCUCUUACGUGGGUCGCCGAGGCGGAGGCCCCCAGGCCAUCUCCAUCGGAAAGAACUGCGACAAGUUCGGCAUCGUGGUCCACGAGCUGGGUCACGUCAUCGGCUUCUGGCACGAGCACACACGGCCGGACCGGGACCGCCACGUCUCCAUCGUGCGCGAGAACAUCCAGCCAGGGCAGGAGUACAACUUCUUGAAGAUGGAGUUCCAGGAGGUGGAGUCUCUGGGGGAGACGUAUGACUUUGACAGUAUCAUGCACUACGCCCGGAACACAUUUUCCAGGGGCAUCUUCCUGGACACCAUCGUUCCUAAGUAUGAGGUGAACGGGGUGAAACCUCCCAUUGGCCAGAGGACCCGGCUCAGCAAGGGGGACAUUGCUCAGGCCCGAAAGCUCUACAAGUGCCCAGCCUGUGGAGAGACGCUGCAAGACAGCAUAGGCAACUUCUCCUCCCCCGAGUACCCCAACGGCUACUCUGCCCAUGUGCACUGUGUGUGGCGCAUCUCCGUCACCCCUGGGGAGAAGAUCAUUCUUAACUUCACGUCCAUGGAUCUCUACCGCAGCCGCCUGUGCUGGUAUGACUAUGUGGAGGUUCGAGAUGGAUUCUGGAGAAAGGCACCCCUCCGAGGCCGCUUCUGCGGGGGCAAACUCCCUGAGCCCAUCGUCUCCACCGACAGCCGCCUCUGGGUUGAAUUCCGCAGCAGCAGCAAUUGGGUUGGAAAGGGCUUCUUUGCUGUUUAUGAAGCCAUCUGUGGGGGUGAUGUGAAAAAGGACAACGGCCACAUCCAGUCACCCAACUACCCGGAUGAUUACCGGCCCAGCAAAGUCUGCAUCUGGCGGAUCCAGGUGUCCGAAGGCUUCCACGUGGGCCUCACCUUCCAGUCCUUUGAGAUCGAGCGUCACGACAGCUGUGCCUACGACUACUUGGAGGUGCGUGACGGGCACAGCGAGAGCAGCCCCCUCGUUGGGCGCUACUGCGGCUAUGAGAAGCCGGACGACAUCAAGAGCACCUCCAGCCGCCUGUGGCUCAAGUUCGUCUCUGACGGAUCCAUUAACAAAGCUGGCUUCGCCGUCAACUUUUUCAAAGAGGUGGACGAGUGUUCUCGGCCCAACCGUGGGGGCUGUGAGCAGCGGUGCCUCAACACCCUGGGCAGCUACAAGUGCAGCUGUGACCCAGGCUAUGAGCUGGCCCCCGACAAGCGCCGCUGUGAGGCGGCCUGUGGUGGAUUCCUCACCAAGCUCAACGGCUCCAUCACCAGCCCAGGCUGGCCCAAGGAGUAUCCCCCUAACAAAAACUGCAUCUGGCAGUUGGUGGCCCCCACCCAGUACCGCAUCUCCCUGCAGUUCGACUUCUUUGAGACAGAGGGCAACGACGUGUGCAAGUACGACUUCGUGGAGGUGCGAAGCGGCCUCACAGCCGACUCCAAGCUGCAUGGCAAGUUCUGCGGCUCCGAGAAGCCCGAGGUCAUCACCUCCCAGUACAACAACAUGCGCGUGGAGUUCAAGUCCGACAAUACCGUCUCCAAAAAGGGCUUCCAGGCCCACUUCUUCUCAGACAAGGAUGAGUGCUCCAAAGAUAACGGUGGCUGCCAGCAGGAGUGCCUCAACACAUUCGGCAGCUACGAGUGCCAGUGUCGCAGCGGCUUUGUUCUCCAUGGCAACAAGCACGACUGCAAGGAAGCGGGCUGUGACCACAAAGUCACCUCAACCACCGGCACCAUCACCAGCCCCAACUGGCCUGACAAAUAUCCCAGCAAGAGGGACUGUACCUGGGCCAUCUCUAGCACCCCCGGGCACCGGGUCAAGCUGACCUUCAUGGAGAUGGACAUAGAGUCCCAGCCCGAGUGUGCUUACGACCACCUGGAGGUGUAUGAUGGGCGCGACGCCAAAGCUCCUGUCCUGGGCCGCUUCUGCGGCAGCAAGAAGCCCGAGUCUGUCCUGGCCACCGGCAACCGCAUGUUCCUGAGGUUCUUCUCUGACAACUCGGUCCAGAGGAAAGGCUUCCAGGCCUCCCACUCCACAGAGUGUGGGGGCCAGGUGCGGGCCGAGGUGAAGACCAAGGACCUGUACUCCCACGCCCAGUUUGGAGACAACAACUACCCCGGGGCCGUGGACUGCGAGUGGGUGGUCGUGGCCGAGGAGGGCUACGGCGUGGAGCUGGUGUUCCAGACCUUCGAGGUGGAGGAGGAGACGGACUGCGGCUACGACUACUUGGAGCUCUUUGACGGCUACGACAGCACAGCCCCCAGACUGGGGCGCUACUGCGGCUCUGGGCCUCCUGAAGAGGUGUACUCAGCGGGUGACUCGGUCCUGGUGAAAUUCCACUCAGAUGACACCAUCAACAAAAAAGGCUUCCACCUGCGGUACACCAGCACCAAGUUUCAGGACACACUCCACAGCCGGAAGUGACCACUACCCUCCCCCUGGGGGCGGGGCCGGGGGCCGGCAGGUGACGGCCGCACCAUUCCUCUCCCCCUGGGCACCAGUACCGCAGGACCAAUGGCUCCCAUUGAGGCUGCCGGCGGCAGGCAGGGGGAUUGGACUCCUUCAGAAACCACUUCCCCAUGAGCCCCUCUUCCCUCGCCCCCACCCGAGUGAGGAGCCAGGGCCAGGAGGGUCAUGCUUUCACGGAGACACUUGAAGUGACUGUUCUUCUCUGGGAGCCCUGACCCCGUGGGGAGCAGCCGUCAGCAGGGCCUUCCCACCUCCCCCUGGGCCUCUGCCCGCUGUACGGUGGAGAGCCGGCGGGCGGCCUAACCUUCAUUGUCAUGUCAUGUCCUCUCCCCUCCCCCUGGAUUUGUUUGUUGUAAACCUCGGGUGCCCCCAUUCCUGGGGGCCGAGUCUGCAUACAUGUCCCACGGGGGUCGCAGUGGGGAGAUGAAGGGGUGGGGUGGGCAUACACGACAGGGCUUCUCUCAGGCCUAGUGGCUGGUUAGCCACGCCAGGGCACCC